CCAAGGCCGGGAGGAUGACCUUGACUGGGAGCAGGUCAUCGCCCGAGAGAAGCCCUCCCCGGAUCCCUGGACGCCCUCAGGCCCCGCCUUCAUGAUGGUGAACACGUCGGGCCGCUUCGCCGGCCAGAAGGCCCUGCUGCUGACGCCCCAGCUGAAGGAGAACGACACCCACUGCGUCCUCUUCCACUACUACGUUGGAGGCCGGGACAACAGCCGGCCCGGCCAGCUCAACGUCUACAUCAAGGAGAACAACAGCCCUCUGGGCAUGCCUAUCUGGAACGUCUCUGGCCCCGCCACCCGCACCUGGGGCCAGGUGGAGCUGGCCGUCAGCACCUACUGGCCCAACUUCUACCAGAUUGUGUUUGAAGUGGUUACCUCGGGCCAGCGGGGUGUGCUGGCCAUCAAAGAUGUCGCCGUCCAGGGCCAUCAAUGCAUGAACACGCCUCACUUCCUGACCAUAAAGGGUGUGGAGGUCAAUGCUGGACAGACCGCUUCUUUCCACUGCACUGUCAAUGGUCGCAAGAGGGACAACUUUCACCUCUGGCUCCAGGGCAUCGGUGGACGCGAGGCCCCCAUGAAGGCCACUAAACCUUGGAACAACCGCCGCUUCAUAGGCACUUUCGAUGUGGAGAACACCACCAAGGGCGACUCGGGCCGCUACCGCUGCAUCGUCCACUCGGACAAAGGGGUUGGAGUGUCCAAUUACGGAGAACUCACUAUAAAACAGCCACCGGUGCCCAUCGCCCCCCCCCAGCUGACGGCCGUGGGGGCCACCUACCUCUGGAUCCAGCUCAACGCCAACUCCAUCAACGGCGACGGCCCCAUCAUCGACCGAGAGGUGGAGUACCGCACGGUCUCCGGCACCAUGUACGACCUGCAGCCCGUGGACAAGACCACCCACAAGAUCGGCCACCUGGACCCUGACACCGAGUACGAGAUCAGCGUGCUGCUGACUCGGCCCCUGGAGGGAGGGACAGGGGCCCCCGGGCCCCCGCUCAGAGCCAGGACCAAAUGUGCCGAGCCGAUGCACGGCCCCCAGAAGCUGGAGGUGACGGACGUCCAGUCGCGGCAGGUGACCCUCCGCUGGGAGCCGCUGGGCUACAACGUGACCCGCUGCCACAGCUACAACCUCACGGUGCACCUCCGCUACCGGGUGGUGGUGGCCGGCGGCGGCGGCUCCAAGGAGGAGAGCCGCGAGGAGGUGUGCUACGACGCGCAGAGCCCCCGCAGCCCCCAGCACACCCUGCACAACCUGACGCCCUUCACCAACCUCAGCGUGCGGCUGGUGCUCAGCAACCCGGAGGGGGUGAAGGAGAGCGGGGAGCUGGAGAUGCAGACGGACGAGGACGUGCCAGGAGCCGUGCCUCUGGAGUCCAUCCAGGGCAGCGCCUACGAGGAGAAGAUCGUGCUGAAGUGGAGGGAACCGGCGCACACGUACGGCAUAAUCACUCAGUACGAGAUCUCCUACAAGGCGGUGAGCUCCUUCGACCCCGAGCUGGACCUGUCCAACCAGAGCGGCAAGGUGAUGAAGCUGGGCAACGAGAGCACCCACAUGUUCACCGGACUCUACCCGGGCUCCACCUACUCCUUCACCCUCCGCGCCAGCACCGCCAAGGGCUACGGCCCGCCCGUCAUCACCCAGUUCACCACCAAGAUCUCAGCCCCCUCGAUGCCCACCUACGACAAGGAGACCUCCCUGAACCAGAGCGACACCACGGUGACGGUGCUACUCAAGCGAGCCCAGAGCAGAGGGGCUCCAGUGAGUGCCUACCAGGUGGUGGUGGAGGAGGAGAGGCCUCGGCGGGCGCGCGGCACGGCCGAGAUCCUUCGCUGCUACCCGGUGCCCAUCCACUUCCAGAACGCCACGGCGCUCAACUCGCCGUACUACUUCACCGCCCAGUUCCCGGCCGGCGGCGUCCAGGCGGCGCAGCCCUUCACCGUGGGGGACAACAAGACGUACAACGGCUACUGGAACGCCCCGCUGCUGCCCCAGAAGAGCUACAGCGUCUACUACCAGGCCGUCAGCACGGCCAACGGGGAAACCAAAAUCGACUGUGUCCGAGUCGCCACCAAAGCCGCCAUUCUGGUGACGCAGCUCACCACGCCCUACGUCCGCAUCGUGCCAGCCGCCGGUGACAGCCAGCUCACAGGCGCGGCGACCCACAAGCCCGACGCGGUGGAGCCGGAGAAGCAGACGGAUCACACGGUGAAGAUCGCCGGGGUCAUCGCCGGCAUCCUGCUCUUCGUCAUCAUCUUCCUCGGGGUGGUGCUCCUGAUGAAGAAAAGGAAGCUGGCGAAGAAGCGCAAGGAGACGAUGAACAGCACGCGGCAGGAGAUGACGGUGAUGGUCAACUCCAUGGACAAGAGCUACACGGAGCAGGGCACCAACUGCGACGAGGCGCUGUCCUUCAUGGACACACACAACCACACGCUCACCGCCCGCACUGGGUCUUCGCCUUCCUCCUUCACGCUGGCGAAAUCCAACACUCUGACUACCUCCAUUCCCCCCAACACUUACUACCCAGCUGAUCCAUUUGUGCCAACUGCUAUUCUAGUCCCCAUUAAUGACGAGAGCCAGACCAUGGGCAGCGACACCAGCAGCCUGGUGCAGUCCCACACCCACUCGUCGCUGCGGAAGCGGGAGCCCGUGGACGUGCCCUACCAGACGGGCCAGCUGCACCCGGCCAUCCGCGUGGCCGACCUCCUGCAGCACAUCACCCAGAUGAAGUGCUCCGAGGGCUACGGCUUCAAGGAGGAGUACGAGAGUUUCUUCGAAGGACAGUCGGCGCCCUGGGACUCUGCCAAAAAGGACGAGAACCGCAUGAAGAACCGAUACGGGAACAUCAUCGCAUGUGCGUGUAAGACGGCGCCGGGGGCCCACUCCGGGUGGUCCGCUCUGCGUGUAUUAGAGUUAAGCUCUUCAUACAUUCCAACUCUACUUUCUAACUUUUUCUCUCUUGGCUUUCUUUUCCUUUUUUUCCUGCAGGGCUACCACAGGCCAAAUCACUACAUCGCUACACAAGGCCCUAUGCAGGAGACAGUCUUUGACUUCUGGAGGAUGGUUUGGCAGGAGAACACAGCCGCCAUCGUCAUGGUGACCAACCUGGUGGAGGUGGGCAGGGUCAAGUGCUGCAAGUACUGGCCCGACGACACAGAGAUCUACCGGGACAUCAAGGUGACGCUGAUCGAGACGGAGCUGCUGUCGGAGUACGUCAUCAGGACCUUUGCCGUGGAGAAGAGAGGCGCCCACGAGAUCAGGGAGAUACGACAGUUCCACUUCACGGGCUGGCCGGACCACGGCGUGCCCUACCACGCCACAGGGCUGCUGGGCUUCAUCCGCAGGGUCAAGUCCAAGACCAUGACCAACGCCGGGCCAAUGGUGGUCCACUGCAGUGCGGGGGCGGGCCGGACCGGCUGCUUCAUAGUGAUUGACAUCAUGCUGGACAUGGCUGAGAGAGAGGGCGUGGUGGACAUCUACAACUGUGUGAGGGAGCUACGCUCACGCAGAGUCAACAUGGUCCAGACAGAGGAGCAGUACGUCUUCAUCCACGACGCCAUCUUGGAGGCGUGUCUCUGCGGGGACACCACCAUCCCGGCCAAUCAGCUGCGCUCGGUCUACUACGACAUGAACCGCCUGGACCCGCAGACCAACUCCAGCCCCAUUAAAGAGGAGUUCAGGACCCUGAACAUGGUGACCCCCACCCUGCGGGUGGAGGACUGCAGCAUCGCCCUGCUGCCGCGGAACCACGAGAAGAACCGCUGCAUGGACGUGCUGCCGCCGGACCGCUGCCUGCCCUUCCUCAUCACCAUCGACGGGGAGAGCUCCAACUACAUCAACGCCGCCCUCAUGGACAGCUAUAAGCAGCCAUCUGCGUUCAUCGUGACCCAGCACCCCCUCCCCAACACGGUGAAGGACUUCUGGAGGCUGGUGCUCGACUACCACUGCACCUCCAUCGUGAUGCUCAACGACGUGGACCCCGCCCAGUUGUGUCCACAGUACUGGCCAGAGAACGGCGUUCACCGCCACGGACACAUCCAGGUGGAGUUCGUGUCCGCUGACCUCGAGGAGGACAUCAUCAGCAGAAUAUUCCGGAUUUACAACGCUGCCCGGCCCCAGGAUGGCUACCGCAUGGUGCAGCAGUUCCAGUUCCUGGGCUGGCCCAUGUACCGGGACACGCCCAUGUCCAAACGCUCCUUCCUCAAGCUCAUCCGACAGGUGGACAAGUGGCAGGAGGAGUACGACGGGGGAGAGGGACGCACCGUGGUGCACUGUCUGAACGGCGGCGGGCGCAGCGGCACCUUCUGCGCCAUCAGCAUCGUGUGUGAGAUGCUGCAGCACCAGCGCACCGUGGACGCCUUCCACGCCGUGAAGACCCUGCGCAACAACAAGCCCAACAUGGUGGACCUCCUGGAGCAGUACAAGUUCUGCUACGAAGUCGCCCUGGAGUACCUGAACUCUGCAUGAGCCCUCGUCCCGGACACACAAAACGCACACGCACACACACACACACACACACAUACACACACCCAAGCCCGAUUGAAAAAAAAAGAAUCCUAAUAAUGAUAAGGUGGACGGGUUGUCACCUGUCACAUGUGAAGGCCUCUGGAAGAGGGAGGUGUGUGUGUGUGUGUGGGCGCACACCAGAGCAGGUGCCAGACCU